AUGGCAGCUUAUUUGAAAAUGAGUCAUACGACGUUGGCUCGAUAUGUUAAAGAAGGGCUCAUUAGGCGUCAUUCAAAUGCCAUCAAGCCAAGAUUGAGGGAAAGCAAUAUGAGAGCUCGACUAGAGUUUUGUGUCUCCAUGCUCGAUAGUCGUUUCAUGCCCAAUCACCCGAAGUUUGUGGAUAUGUACAAUGUUGUACAUAUUGAUGAAAAAUGGUUUUAUAUGACCAAGCCGAAAGAGACUUAUUACCUUCUUCCGACUGAAGAAGAGCCGUAUCGUACAUGUCAGAGUAAAAACUAUAUUGGGAAGGUAAUGUUUUUGGCUGCCAUGGCUCGUCCAAGAUUUGAUGGAGAAGGAAAUGAGGUAUUUUCUGGAAAAAUAGGAGUGUUUCCAUUUGUUACAAUGCAACCAGCUAAGAGACGAAGUAGAAACAGAGAGGCGGGGACUUUGGAGUUAAAGCCGAUGACCUCUAUCAAAAGAGAAGAUAUCAAAGAGUUUUUACUUGGGAAAGUUCUCCCGAAAAUCCGUGAAAGAUGGCCACAAGAAGAUUUUGGAAAACCUAUUUUUAUNUUAUACCAGCUAAAGCUUCUUCUUCCUCUUUUGGACUCUUUUGACGUAUUAUCAGUUGAUUAA